AUGUACCUGGCAACUCUUUGCGUCCUGGCGUUGCUGAGGGCGGGUGUAGGUUAUGCUCAGGAUACCAAUGUGACAUCGACGUGCCAGCAGAUUGCCAUUGCUGUUUCCUCUGCGUCGUUCGUCUAUUAUCCCCGCACCGCCGAGGACGUGGGCAUAAUACUUCAAAUCCUAGGCGCGAACCAGGCGCCCUUUGCGGUCAAAGGCGGUGGGCAUGCAAUGAACCCUGGGUAUUCGUCCACGACGGGCGUGCAGAUAUCCAUGACCAGGUUCAACAGCGUCGUCUACGAUGCGUCUACGAGCACAGCCGCAAUAGGCGCUGGUCUUACCUGGGACAAAGUGUACUCAGCGCUCGAACAGUAUGACGUGAAUGUCGUCGGCGGCAGGGUCACUGGCAUCGGUGUGGCAGGUUUCACCCUCGGAGGAGGCUAUUCAUGGCUAACGAACCAAUACGGUCUGACGCUUGACAACGUUCGCACAUUCGAGCUCGCUCUGCCCAACGGAACGGUGACGAAUGUGACCGAGUCCUCGAAUCCCGAUCUCUUCUUUGGGCUGAAGGGUGGCUACAAUAAUUUCGGCAUAGUCACGACAUUCACCUUCCAGACAUAUCCUCAAGGUCAGGUCUGGGGUGGUCAGAUCACAUAUCCAUCAUCGAGCGUCAAUAAUGUUAGCGCUGCCACGGCAACCUUUUCGUCGAAUGUCACCGACCCGAAGGCGGCUAUCAUCACCACCUACGACUAUACCGGUGGGCUGAUUCUUGCGUCUGUCAUAAUCUUCUACGAUGCUCCUAAUCCUCCGUCGGGGAUUUUUGACGACUUCCUGUCAAUACCGGCAUUGGCGACCAACGUCAAGACACGUUCUUUCCUAUCAUUGGUACAGGUCGAGACGACGCAGGAAACAGCCAACUUCCGCGGAUAUUACAAUACAGUGCCUUUGACGGAGAUCACCGAGGGCAUUCUGAACGACGUGCUCACGGAAGCUCAGUAUUGGGGCGAACAGCUGCAACUCGACUCGGACCAGAUCAUCAGUUACGACGUCGAGCCGUUCCUUCCGACCAUUCUCACGCACGGAGGCCCGUCGGCAUACCCGUGGACGCGCACUGAGCGCUACUUGCCCUUGAACAUUUAUUUCAGCUGGUCGGACGAGACUUAUGACAGCGACUACUAUGCUGCGAUCACGCAGACUGCGACAAAUCUGACGUCUGCUGCGGUGGCGGAGGGGCAAACGAACAUCUCAGGCGUGCCGCACUACCCGAAUUAUUCGCUGUACGGGACACCGAUCUCGGACAUCUGGGGCACCGCGCUGCCGACGCUCGUGGAGCUGAAGCAGACGUACGAUCCAAAUAAUGUGAUGGGUCUUGCGGGUGGAUGGAAGGUGCCGACGUGAACGUGAUUUUGUGAUGACGAAUACGACAUAAUUGUCUCAUGUG